CUUUCCCGGGCGACGGAAAGCCCGGAGCGCAAACCCACAGAGCCUGGGCUUUUAUCGCCCCGACCGUGGUAACUGCAGACCAGCGGGUCUCCGGCGGGGGUCUCGGGCCGGGGUCCCCACGGGCACCCGGGACACCGCUGCACCCCCGGGUCCAGGCUGGAGCGGCCGCGGCCGCGCCCCCCGAAAACCGUGUCUAGCAAAGGAUGCCGCAGACGUACCCGACCGCGACGGAGAGGUCCCCCCGCCGGGGUGCGGAGGGCGGGCGGGGCGCGCCGGGCCGGGGACCCCGACCCUGCGGGAUUCCCCGCUCCGCGCCGCCUGGGCCGGGCCUCAGCUCCGGGGCACCGGCCAGGCCUGCCCUGCGCUGACGCCCUCGGCUGCCGCGACUCCCUGGGCGGCACUCAGGCGGCGCCGCCUCCUCCGCCCCGGGCUGCCGCGCACCUCAGAGCCGCAGCGGCGCUGGCAGCCGAGGCGCAGCCCAGGCCGCCUCCGCCCAUCGCCCGGGCCGCAGCCGCCGCUCUCAUGACAACCGAGCCCGGUCUGGGGGCGGAGGGUGGCCCUGCGCGUGCGCGGACGCCGCGACCCGUCUCCGACCCCGGCCGCGCCUGCGCACAAGGGGACGGCUGGCCUCCGCUUCCCGGGACCUUUUGGGUAAUGUAGUUUCUGGCAGACGCGACCCGACUCUGACCCUGGCUGCGCCUGCGCAGAGGGCGACGUCUGGCCUCCGCUUCCCCGCCUCUUCUGGGUAAUGUAGUUUUCUGUGGUCCGGCUUUUGUCCCCUCCGGUGAGCCAGCCCCAGGCCCGGGACCCCGCGCGCAGACCCCGGCGUCCCCGAGAGGGCAGGGCAAGCAGGUGCAGCGCCGGCGAGGACCAGACGCUGCGAGGAUGUUUGCAGCGUGUCAGAAACCCAAGACCUUCAAGCUGCGGACCCUGCACAGCCAGAAGAAGUUUGGGGUGGCGGGCAGGAGCUACCAGGAGGUGCUGCGGAAGGGAUGCGACAAGUUCCAGCUCCCCGUUUCCAGCUGCCGGCUGUGCCUGUAUGAGGACGGCGCCGAGCUGACAACGGACUCUUUCCCUUAUGUCCCGGAUGACUCUGAGCUCCUGCUUCUCACCGUGGGCCAGGCCUGGCAGGGCUAUAAAGCUGCUGCAGACCGAUGUGUGUGGGUUUGCAGGGACCCAAGUCCUCAUUUCUCUGGCGUGUUCCAGAAGCCCCACGUGGGCGUCAUCCGGGCCGCGCGGCAGCUACUGCGUGACGAGCAGUCCCCGCUGAGGCAGCGGCUCCUGGCGGACCUCCUGCACACCGUCAGUGAGAACAUCGCUGCCGAGACCAGGGCCGAGGACCAGCCGUGGUUUGAAGGCCUGGAGUCCCGAUUCAGGAAUAAGUCCAGCUAUUUGAGGUACAGCUGUGAGAGCCGCAUCCGGAGUUACCUGAGAGAGGUGAGCACCUACGCCUCCGAGGUGGGCGCGGGGGCCCAGGAGGAGUACGCCAGGAUCGUGGGCUGCAUGGGCCAGAAGCUGAGGUCAGUGCAGUUCAAUGGCAGCUACUUUGACCGGGGCGCCAAGGCCAGUGGCCGGCUCUGCACGCUGGAGGGCUGGUUCUCCUGCCAGGGCCCUUUUGACGUGGACAACUGUGGGUCCAAGCACUCCAUCAACCCCUACAGCAACAGGGAGAGCCGCAUCCUCUUCAGCACGUGGAACCUGGACCACAUAAUCGAAAAGAAACGCACCGUAGUUCCGACUCUGGCUGAAGCGAUCCGGGAACAAGAUGGACGAGAAAUAGACUGGGAGUAUUUUUACGGCCUGCUUUUUACCUCAGAGAAUCUGAAGUUGGUGCAUAUCGCCUGCCACAAGAAAACCUCCCACAACCUCAGCUGUGACCCAGACAGAAUCUACAAACCCGGGCCCAGGCCCGGGAGGACGCGGCCUAAGCGGCCCGCUCGGCACCGCAAGUGACCGCGCCGCCCCGCCCAGGCCCUCCUGCGGGCUGACAGCGGCCGUGACUUUUGCAGGCGCCCUUUGUUGUUUUUUUAUUCACUCCGGGAAUAAACACUGGCCUUUAGCUCUCUUCUACAGAUGUUUGGUUUUGGUACCUUGGUGUCUGCUGAGCCUUUUGACGGUCCAGAUUGCAGAGCACAGCCUUUGGCGUGUCCCCGAGCGUCUGGGAGCGCCCGGGAGCCCUGGCUGGUUGCGUAAGGAACUGUUCUUUGAACUCAGCAUUUUUUCUUUUUGUUUUGCUCCACGAUUGUACCGAUAUUUUGUCUGCUUAUAGCCUCCAUGCUAACAGGUAUCCUGCCCGAACUUCAUCACUCUUGCCGAGGGACAAGGCGUUUCUUUGCUCCUCGGCUUUCUGCUGGGUCUCCAAUCCCAGGACACACAGAGUGCUCUGACCCCUGGGCGCUCCUUAAAUGCUCAGGAGUUCUGACUCUUUGGGGCAAAGUGUGUGUGCUCCAUAAAGCACAUGCAGGGCAUUCGCUGCAGAAUUGUUUUAAUGGCACAAAAACGGGAAACCCUCCCAAUGCCCAGUUGGGGAAAAGGUGGGGAUGGUGUUAGGUUGAACCAUGUAAAAUUGCUGUUGUCAAAAAUGGUCAGAGAAUGUUAAUUUCAUCUGAGUGAACCUAAUACAGCUACAUAAUGCCAAACUUGCUGACAGACUAAGCAUUUAUGAGAUAAACUGAAUCGGGAAGCUGCUAAACACAGAAGGCAAGGGGCUCGGCUGCCUGCAGUGUGAGCCUGGUAAUGCGCUGUGUUAUGUGCCAUAUGUGUAUUUUAGUGCGUGCAUAGAGACGUUCUAGAAGGACAUGGACCGGCUGUGAACAGCAGUUAUCCCAGGUAGCCUAUGGGGGGCUGGAUUACCAAGGACUUACUUUCUAAGUCAUAUUCUUUAUAAUAUUUGAAUUUUUUGAAAUAAGCAUUUCAUAACAUUUAAAAAUUAACUUUUUUGGUUUUUAAAAAUUAACAUUUGAAAGUCAUGCAUUUUUUAUUUCAAUUUUUACAUUUAUUUUAUAAUCAGAAAAACAAUAAAGAUUCUUUAAAAAUAGACAUGUCAAAAAAGUUUGUACUCAUUGAGGAAAUGAUGAACGUAAGGAUAAAACAUAUGGGAGCGAUGACUUUUUGAAAAUGGACCCAAAUUGUUCUAUUCUCUAAAUUGAAAUAAAGAAAUACCUCACAAUGA